GUGACCGCAGCAUCAGAUCCAUCAUGGCGGCCGCGGACAUGGCUGCAGAGAAGGGCUCGUCAUUCAUGGACCCCUUUAAAGGAUUAUUAUUGACUUAUCUCAUGCCAGAGUCUUGUUACGACGAGUUUUUUCUCAACUUCAACUUUUUAGACGUGCCAUGUUUGAAGGUGGUUAUCAGCAAAGGCCUGGGCAUCGGCAUCAUCCUGGGAUCAGUGCUGGUGAAGAUGCCUCAGAUCCUGAAGCUGGUGGGAGCGUCCAGCGCGGAGGGGCUGAGCCUGCAGUCCGUGCUGCUGGAGCUGGUGGCCAUCACAGGGACCAUGGCCUACAGCAUCGUCAACAGGUUCCCCUUCAGUGCCUGGGGUGAAGCGCUCUUCCUCAUGCUGCAGACACUGGCCAUCGGCUUCCUCAUCCUCCACUACAACCAGAAGACCAGCAGAGGUGUGUUGUUCGUGCUAGUGUACGGGGUGCUCCUGUUUGUGCUCCUGUCCCCUGUCACUCCCCCUGUCCUCAUCACCACCCUGCAGGCCUCCAACAUGCCCGCCAUCGUCAUAGGAAGGCUGAUCCAGGCAGUCACUAACUAUCAGAAUGGCCACACGGGGCAGCUGUCGGCCAUCUCUGCCUUUCUCCUGUUCGCUGGCUCACUCGCACGGAUAUUUACAUCUCUACAGGAGACGGGAGAUGCGUUGAUGGCUCUGACCUACGUCAUCUCCUCGACCUGCAACGGCAUCCUGGUCCUACAGCUGCUCUACUACUGGAACAGCAGGCCCCCCACCAAGACCAAGGCGGACUAGACCAGAACUCACCCAAGACCCAGGGACACUAGACCAGAACUCACCCAAGACCCAGGCACACUAGACCAGAACUCACCCAAGACCCAGGACACUAGACCAGGACUCACCCAAGACCCAUGGACACUAGACCAGGACUCAACCAAGACCCAUGGACACUAGACCAGGACUCACCCAAGACCCAUGGACACUAGACCAGGACUCACCCAAGACCCAUGGACACUAGACCAGGACUGACCCAAGACCCAUGGACACUAGACCAGGACUGACCCAAGACCCAUGGACACUAGACCAGGACUCACCCAAGACCCAUGGACACUAGACCAGGACUGACCCAAGACCCAUGGACACUAGACCAGGACUGACCCAAGACCCAGGACACUAGACCAGGACUCACCCAAGACCCAGGCACACUAGACCAGGACUAAGAACAAGGCAGAUUAAACCGGGACUGAGACCAAAGCAGACUAGACCCAGGACCUGGGAUCAAGACCAGGACCUGGGACCAAGACUAAGGACCAAAAUCAAAGCACUCGAGCAGACCGCUGUCCCCCUGCAGUAGAGCCACCACGCACUGGGCAUUGUGAAAAAUUUACAUUUUGAGAACCUUUCUCUCAAAGCUGUUUUUCUUUGGGGCCUUGGUCCAGUUUUAGAAGAUGUUUUAGUUCAAAUUUACAUCUAAUUACAUUUAGGUUAUGUAUACAUUUUCAGUUAUUGAUUGUGACGUUAUUUCUGUGUAAAUAAAUGUUGCUGUGUUAA